GGCAAGACAAAAACAAAACAAAAAUCCCUACGGUUUGUUUGUACUAUCGCGCAUGUAGUUUGCAAAAGCAACACAUGGUAAAAAUGUCCUUAAGUGAAGAAUCUAACCGAAAUCCUCGUGUUGAUAUCGAAUACUGUAAUGUGUGCAAUUCAAAACCACAGUGCCUGGAGCUGGCGAGCAUUAUACGUGAACAGAUUCCCGAGGCGGAUGUCGUAUGUCGCACAGGUAGACGCGGUUCGUUCGAGGUGCAGAUUAACGACACUCUGAUACACUCAAAGCUAAGCUCAUUGGCUUUCCCACAUUACGAUGAUGUGGUACAGAACGUACGUAACGCACGGGACGGUCUGCCCGUAAACAAAGUGGCCGAACAACCUAUCACUGACUGUGUGGUGCAGUAGAAGGUUUUAUGUCUUUAAAACAUAUUAGUCGUUGCUCUUUUUUAGACGUUUAUUAUUGAACCAUCCUUUACACGCUGUUACCACGCAGCAUCGUGAUCGUGAAAGAAACAUGCUGUUAUUUUUUU